CUUGGUAGCUGGGGGAACAGUUCUAAAAAUCUGCGAUUUUGGUACAGCCUGUGAUAUUCAGACACACAUGACCAACAAUAAGGGAAGUGCUGCUUGGAUGGCACCUGAAGUUUUUGAAGGUAGCAAUUACAGUGAAAAAUGUGACGUUUUCAGCUGGGGUAUUAUUCUCUGGGAGGUAAUCACCCGUAGGAAACCUUUCGAUGAGAUCGGUGGUCCCGCUUUCCGCAUAAUGUGGGCAGUUCACAAUGGUACUCGGCCACCACUAAUCAAAAAUUUACCUAAACCAAUUGAGAGUUUAAUGACCCGUUGCUGGUCCAAGGAUCCCUCACAACGACCAUCCAUGGAGGAAAUUGUUAAAAUAAUGACACACUUGAUGCGGUACUUUCCAGGAGCUGAUGAACCUCUGCAGUAUCCUUGCCAGUACUCAGAUGAAGGCCAAAGCAACUCUGCCACUAGUACAGGUUCAUUCAUGGACAUCACUUCUACAAACACAAGUAACAAGAGUGAUGCUAACAUGGAACCCAGUGACUUCCAAGGAGCUUCUACCAAUGACACUAUUAAACGUUUAGAGUCAAAAUUGGCGCAGCAAAUGAAGAAUACAGCCAAGCAGCCGGGUGAUCCUGGCCGCUUGAGUUUACCCCCAUCUCGUGGGAGCAGUGUGGAGAGCUUGUCAGACGUUCGCGCGCGACCACAGUCAGCCCUUGUUUCAGGAGAAGCCAAAAGGAUGAGUGCUGACAUGUCUGAAAUAGAAGCAAGAAUAGCUUCCAUCACAGCCUAUUCCAAGCCUAAACGAGGCCAUCGUAAAACUGCUUCAUUUGGCAACAUUCUGGAUGUCCCUGAGAUCAUCAUACCAGCAGGAAACGGACAGCAGAGGCGCAGAUCCAUUCAAGAUCUUAGUGUUGCUGGAACAGAGUCUAGUCAGGAGAGUAGAAACAGCAGUAGAUCAUCUAGUCCUAGUGUGAGAAUGAUCACUACCUCGGGACCAACCUCUGAAAAGCCAACUCGUAAUCCAUGGACACCUGAUGAUGCAGAGACCAAUGGGUCAGAUAACUCCAUCCCAAUGGCAUAUCUUACAUUAGAUCAUCAGUUACAGCCUCUAGCACCCUGCCCAAACUCCAAAGAAUCUAUGGCUGUGUUUGAACAGCACUGCAAAAUGGCACAGGAAUAUAUGAAAGUUCAGACAGAAAUUGCAUUGCUGUUGCAGAGGAAACAAGAACUAAUAGCAGAACUGGACCAGGAUGAAAAAGACCAGCAAAACACAUCCCGUCUGGUACAAGAACAUAAAAAGCUGUUAGAUGAAAACAAAAGUCUUUCAACUUACUAUCAGCAAUGCAAAAAACAAUUAGAGGUCAUCAGAAAUCAGCAACAGAAGCGGCCAGGCACAUCAUGAUUUCCUGGGACCUUUCAAAUGAAAAAUAUGCACAGAAAAGACUGAUUAUUAUUUUUUUUUUAAUUGUUAUUAUUAUCUCUUAUUAUGACAACUCAUGAGUGUUAGCUUCUUGGUGUGAUCUGUAUUUGUCUGCUACACUUAAGAUCAUUUAAUUUUUUUUCUUAUGGUGGACAUCCAGUUCAACAGGUUAAUCGAAUAAGGUGAGAAAACUGACUUGAAUUAACCAACAGCCCUCAGUGUAGAGCAAGAACAGUGGCUGUGUGCAUGCUCCUUGUGUGAAGGCUAGCCUAACAAAUGUUCAGGUGGUGGCUGCUGAAUUGUAAGAUCUUGGUUUUAGUUUUUGGUGUUACCUCGAUAUGAGCAAAACAACAACUUUCCUGUUUAAGAAUGGUUUUGUUCCAGUGUCUCAUCUCAGACUAUUACUAUGACAAUUACUUUCGGGACUUAAACAUGCACCAAGCCACAGAGGUCGUGCUGGCCAGCCGGAGUAAUUCAUGAUGCAUUAGCGAUGCCUCUUACUUGUAGGCAUAGUGUAUUUUUUCCACAUGCAAAAUGGUAGGCAAACUGAUGCCAGCAUCCUUGGUUCAGUGCUUGAUAGCCCUGCAUUUUGACUAAUACAUUUCUUGUAAUCUUGCAUUCAUAAAAUAUUUGAAGUAAAA